GUUGAAAUUGGAUUGGAACCACGCUGAGCUGUUUUUCCGGCCCGAGCUGGCAUAACCAUCAACUUCUUUAUGCCCCAUUUCUCUAGGAAUGUAUUCUCACAGGUAGAUAAUUUACUACUUUCAAUGUACUCCACGCAUUCCCUCCAUCAACAACAACUUUUCAAAAUUCCCGUCACCAUCGCCGAUGCCGCCUCCUCGUGAGGGCGACCGAAAUGGUCGGGAGCGACACAGAAGCUUGGAGGAAUCUGAUAAUAUCCUUGCUGAUUCGGAGUUGAAGAAUGGAAUGCUUGAAAAUGGGUGUCGCUCACCCCCGGUUUUUAAGCCACGAGCCUACCAGCUGGAAAUGCUAGAGGCGAGUCUCCGUGAAAAUAUCAUUAUUGCAAUGGACACGGGUAGCGGCAAAACUCAGGUAGCAAUUCUUCGAAUCAGACAUGAACUUGAAACAUGCGCUGCGCACAAGCUGGUCUGGUUUCUGGCUCCCACUGUUGCUCUUGCCGACCAGCAGCAUAAAAGUAUAUCACAGCAGCUCUCUGCGUAUCAAACAAGACUCCUAUUGGGCUCGGACAAUGUGAACUACUGGUCCACCAAAAAUAUCUGGGACGAUAUACUCUUGAAUAUCAGAAUUGUCGUUUCGACUCCUCAAGUUCUUCUUGAUGCCAUGACCCACGGAUUCGUGACCAUGUCUCGGAUCGCUUUACUUGUCUUCGAUGAGGCCCACCAUUGCGCUGAAAACGAAGCGCCUAAUAUCCUAAUGCAGCGAUUUUAUCACGAACAGCUACAAAGAACAGGUACCGCGAAUGAUCUUCCUCAUAUUUUGGGACUCACUGCUAGUCCCAUUACUAAGGUUGACCCUAAAUAUUUGAUGAAAAUUGAGCACAAUUUGAAUUCCCGUUGCGAGACACCCAGGAUCCAUCGGGAAGAACUGAUGCGAUAUGUUCAUCGUCCAGAGCUCUGUACUGUGAAUUUCCAGGUAGAUGUGUCAGUAGGUUCUGACAUUCUGCAAAGCCUACAUCGAAUCGUCGAAACUGUCGAUAUAGAGCAGGACCCUUGGAUCAAGAGACUUAAACAGCAAAAAGACCGAAGAAGCCAAAACACUUUGUUGAAUGCUAUGGUGAAGCGUAAAACUUUUGCCAUCUCACAGAUGACUAAGCUUCGAAGACAAGCUACUAACAUCCACGAAAACUUGGGAGCAUGGGCUGCAGACGCAUUCAUUUCUGAAGUCCUAAAACGACUUGGGGCUAAACGGGCUAAGCAAUCGGCAGAUCACCUUGGUACAUUGGAAAGAGAACAAGAGAAUUUUGUCUUUGAGACUCUGUCACAAUUGCCAAUAUAUCCCAGUAAACAGUACUGGGAUAGUGAACCGGAUCUAGUCUCCAGUAAGGCUAAUCUUCUCAUAGACCUUCUGGAAAAAGAGCACACGUCAGAUUUUACGGGGAUUAUAUUCGCCCAACAAAGAUCAACUGUUACAAUGCUUGCACAUCUUAUAUCUAAGCACCCACGGCUGAAAGAUCUUAUUGUUCCUGGUGCCUUUUUGGGUGAUGCUGGCUACGCGGAUCGAACAUCAACGAUAACCGAACUGCAUAACACGAAGACCCAAAGGGGUUCAAUAGAUGACCUACGUUCCGGGAAGAAGAAUCUACUCGUCGCAACAUCUGUCCUUGAAGAAGGCAUUGAUGUGUCAGCCUGCCACCUUGUGGUCUGUUUCGAUGCCAUCAGCAACCUCCGAUCUUUUAUUCAAAGACGGGGCCGAGCUCGGAAAGAACGCUCUAAAUUCGUAAUAUUUUUGAAUGGGGAUGAUAAGUCGCAAGAGAAGAAAUGGAACAAGAUGGAAGACGUGAUGAAGAGUAUGUAUGAGGAGGACAUGCGCAGGCUCGAGAAUAUUUGGGCGAUAGAGAACAUUGAAGAAGAAGCAGACGAAAAAGAGAAUGAAUAUCUCCGGAUUGAAUCCACGGGUGCACUCUUAACUUUUGAGAAUGCUCGACCCCAUUUGGAACAUUUCUGUGCCACUCUUCAGUGUGACUUUACAGACACUCGACCUGUUUUUCUAUAUAGUGAGAGCGAACCGGGUGGGAUGGUCACUGGUAAAGUCAUACUACCCAACGUCCUCGACCCUAAAUUUAGAGUAAUUCGCGGGUCUAAAUGGUGGAGAAGAGAGCGAAUGGCCCAGCGCGAUGCCGCAUUCCAGGCAUACGUUAAGCUUUAUCGAGAGGGAUUAGUCAAUGACAACCUGCUACCAAUACACUGGAUGCCUGUGGAGGAUCCAGCCCUGGAAUAUUCUGAGAAGCGGCCCAGUCUUGUGAAGGUAGCCGGACGUAUCAAUCCCUGGGCUAUGAUUGCAAGUCACUGGGAAACGACAAAGACUUUCUAUCAGAGUCAGAUAGAGAUAUCGUCUAGUUCUCUCCGGUUUCCAAAAAUGCGCCUGGUGCUGCCAAUCCCUCUACCGUGUGAGAUAUCAUUCACGAUUUUUUGGAACGAGAAGAAUACCUUCACCGUGUGUUUGAAACCAUUGCCGUCGGUGCACCUUAGGACGAGUCUUAUCAAAUACGCAGCCGACACAACCUAUACCAUUUUAUCCUCAGUGUUUGCUCAUAGGAUGCUUCCUGAAAGUUUGGACUUCUCGUGUUUAUUUCUCCCUGAUGUGGAGUUAACUGGCGAAGCUAUCAUGGAGUGGUGUUCAUCUGUGGAAGGAAGAAUCCCAGCCAGCGAUGCUGCUGAUUAUGACGCCAAGAGUCUCAUGAACUUGGGACUCGUGAGAAGACUUGAUAAGAUAAGACGACCGUGGACGGUGGAACGAUACAGAUGGAUGAAGAGGACUUAUGAAGACACACAACCUGAUGGCAUUGAUGGCAGUUCGGAGGUUGAGGAGGGAGAAAUUCUCCACGUUGAGGGCACUGCAUGGCCCAAACGUACUGACUUUUUGCAUCCCGUCGCUCAUAAUGAUGGCUCCCAUCUCCAUCACACAGCGAAAAAAUGCUACCCCGCCCGCGACUGCUCUAUUGAUAAAUUGCCUCUUGAAUUCUCCUUGUUUGCCCUCCUCACCCCAUCAAUCAUGCAUAAAGUCGAAAUUUAUCUUAUCGCAGAGCAGUUGAACAAAACAAUCUUGAAGCCUGUUGCCUUUACGGAUCUGAGCCUUGUCGUCACUGCGAUAAGUGCAUCUGUAGCGAGGGAAGCAACCAACUAUCAACGCAUUGAAUUUUUGGGUGACAGUAUACUCAAAUUUCACACAACUCUCCAGCUAUCAGCGGCAAAUCUUGUCUGGCAUGAGGGCCUGCUAUCAAGAGCCAAGGAUAAUGUGGUAUCCAAUAAACGGCUGUCCUACGCAGCCGUUGAAACCGGAUUAGACAAGUUCAUACUCGUGGACGUUUUCACGGGUGCAAAAUGGCGACCUAGAUAUAAUAAGGUACAUCUCGAAAGUGAAGAACAGGGCAUCCCUCAACGGGAAAUGACCACAAAGACGCUUGCAGACGUAGUUGAAGCUCUGCUUGGGGCAGCCACAAUCGAAGGUGGUGAAACGAAGACCGAAAAAUGCCUCGAAAUUUUCCUUCCUGAAAUUCGCUGGAUGCCCUUCGAUGAUCGGAUUAAUGCGCUCUACAACUCUGUUCCAGAAGCCUAUGAAAACAUACGCACCUCCUGGUUCCAGGAAAUUGAAAGCCUACUGGGAUAUAGCUUCAACAAGAAAGUUUUCCUUGUUCAAGCCUUCACUCACCCUUCCAACCCUGGCUCGACAACAUCGUCAUACCAGCGGCUGGAAUUUGUCGGCGACGCGAUCCUGGAUCAUAUAAUUGUUCAUCACCUGUUCAAUUCAUCUCGAAAUCUUCCACAUUUCGAUAUGCAUUUGAUGCGCACAGCACUGGCCAAUGCAGAUUUCCUUGCAUUCCUCUGCAUCGGCAUGUCUACAGAGCAGGCGCGCAGCGAGGUCGUCGAGAGCUCCAAGAAAAAUACAGUGACAAGUCUGACUACCCGCAAAGUUUUCCUCUGGCAAUACAUGCGUCACGGCACCUCCUGGGAACUUGCAGCUGCCCAGCAGCAAACCGCAGACCAGUACCAAAAACUACAGGCGGACAUUUCAGAAGCUCUGGAGAAGUCCAACACAUAUCCCUGGACUCUCCUGUCGCGGCUGCGCGCGCAGAAAUUCUUUUCCGAUCUCAUCGAGUCUGUUCUCGGAGCCAUAUUCAUAGACUCCCAUGGCUCGUUGGACGCUUGCACUGCAUUCCUGGAGCGAAUCGGACUAAUGAAGUUCCUACGACGCAUGCUUGUUGAAGAGAGUAUGGACAUUAUGCACCCCAAGCAGCGCCUGGGACAGGAAGUUGGUAGGAUGAAGGUACGCUACGAGACGGAGCAUGUUGUUGAUGAAGAAGAAGAGGUGGGUGGGUUGGGGUUUUGGACCUGUAAGGUCUUUGUAGGGGACGAGUGUGUUGUUGAAGAAAAUGAGGGGGUUAGCCUUACGGAGGUUGAGGCCAAGGCUGCAGAGGCUGCCUUGGCAGUUAUACGGGCCAGAGAGUGUGUUAAUACUUGUGUUGAUGUUGGUGUUGGCGGCGGGGCAGAUGGUGAUCGUGGUGAUGUUGGUGUUGGUGCUAAUGGAGAUGUUGACAGUGACAGUGAUGGUGACAGUGAUGUUCUCAUGGCUCUUAACUAGAUAGUCCUUUUCCGCAAGGAUUGUGAUUUGGUUUUCAUGACCUGGGCGCGAAUGGAAGCAUAGGACUAAUGAUGAAACGAUUUUAUUGCACCUUUGUUGAGUUAACUGAUUCGUUUUUAACCCAGAUAUACAUAUUUCACUUCCACAUUUCUACCGAUAGCUAGAUCAUAAUAGACGAUACAUACGUGCUGCGAAGGACUAAUUUGCUUGUUACUGUUCAUAGUCUCGCAGGUGGCUCAUUAUAUUCUGCCAUUUCGUUUCCAAGGCCCGGAAGGAGAUGUGUUGCCUUUUGUGGUCCAACAAAAUUAUCCACGUCCAAUAGAUACUGCCAUGUUAGUCAAUUAGUCAAAGAGAAUCUCUAGUAAAAUGUGAAGAUUAUUUGUAUUAACAGUUUAUUCAUUAAAG